AUGGACAUCCCCGUCAGCAGCAGAGACUUCCGCUGCCUGCAGCUGGCCUGUGUGGCCCUCAGCCUGGUGGCCGGGAGCAUCAUCAUCGGCGUCUCCGUGUCCAAGGCUGCAGCUGCCAUGGGUGGUAUCUUUAUUGGCGCUGCGGGUCUGGGGAUCCUCAUCUUGGCCUACCCCUUCCUGAAGGCUCGGUUCAACUUGGACCACAUCCUGCCUACGAUAGGGAACCUGAGAAUCCACCCCCGUCCAGGGCCAGAUCAUGGGGAGGGAAGAACCAGCACCAAUGGCAAUAAGGAAGGAGCCCGCAGCAGCCUGUCCACCGUGAGCAGGACCCUGGAGAAGUUGAAGCCAGGGAGCCGGGGGGCUGAGGACAGCUGAGGAGGGCUGAGGGACUGCCCCCUGCCUGCCCUCCCUGCCUGCUGCUACCCCUAUCUCUGAGCCCUCCUGGGUUAGAAGAUCCAAACCAGAGAUGAACCAGGCCCUGAAGACACCAGAGUUGCAUUCGCCCUGACCCAAGCUCUUCAAAAUGGAUUCCACAGGUGUGGGGCAGGGCCUGAAGCAGGG